UGACUCUUGCGUUAAUCAAGUGUCACGCGCAUCUUGCCUCGCGCAGCAUGUGAUUGGUUAAACUGUGGCAGACGUCGCUCGCGUCUUCAUUUAACACUCACUGUUCUCGGUGAUAGCUUCUGUUGGUGUGUUAUGGCGGCGUUUCAAAGUUAAAGACAAACCUCACUGCACUUACCGAACAGACAUUUUUGGACGUAAUCCAGAUGCGGACGCCGUGUCCAUCACCUCGUGCCCAGGUGUCGCGUCUGUAGCUUGUGAUAAACCGGCAUCAGAUGUGUGCUCGUGGAGGGUUUGAAGUGACUCAUACUGGUUUCUGUGGAGCACGGACAUCGCGAUAAUGGUGUCGAGGACGCGUUUCGGACAGAACGCGCGCGUUCCCAUUAUCCCAACUUAUGGUUGCGUCCUGCGUAAUGUAACUUUGCCACCGACAUAAUAAAGGGGCAGUUUUCACAUCAAGGAUCAGUUUGUAUAUUUCAGGAGUCUCAUUAAAAAGCACGGGGGUCUUUUAUCCAGACGAAUCUCAAGGAUGCCUGAAGUGCCGCCAGUUUAUAUUGGGAUGGAGGUGCUCAUCGCCCUUUCCUCUGUCAUUGGAAAUGUGAUGGUGGUCUGGGCUGUGAGGAUUAACCGAUCUCUACGGGACACGACCAUCUAUUUUAUCGUCAGUCUGGCUUUUGCAGACAUUGCCGUCGGGGCUCUGGUUAUCCCCCUGGCUAUCACUAUAAGCAUCGGACUGAGGACUCAUUUCUACAGCUGUUUGUUCGUGGCGUGCACGGUGCUCGUCCUAACGCAAAGUUCAAUACUCGCGCUUCUGGCUAUUGCUAUCGACCGCUAUCUGAGGGUCAAGAUACCGAUGAGCUAUAAAAGAGUGGUGACGCCGAGGCGUGCAGGCACCGCAGUGUUGUUGUGUUGGAUGAUAGCCAUCAUAGUCGGCCUUACGCCCAUGUUGGGCUGGAACAACCUGGAGAAGCUUCGGCAGGGCAACGAGACUCCGGGUCCUGACCUUCUCAUAACCUGCGAGUUUGAGAACGUCAUCAGUAUGGACUACAUGGUCUAUUUCAACUUCUUUGGGUGGGUGCUGCCACCCCUGGUCGUGAUGUUGCUCAUCUACGCCGAGAUCUUCUACAUGAUUCACAUGCAGCUUAAUAAGAAGGUCACCGCCAACCAGACAGACCCAACUCGAUAUUACGGAAAAGAACUGAAGCUGGCCAAAUCUCUUGCGCUUGUGCUUUUACUGUUCGCCGUCAGCUGGUUGCCGCUGCACAUCAUGAACUGCAUCACUCUUUUCUGUCCUACUUGUGAAAAAUCAGUAUAUCUGCUCUAUACUGCUAUUCUGCUCAGUCACGGCAACUCCGCCGUCAAUCCCAUCAUUUACGCCUUCCGGAUUACGAAGUUCCGGAAUGCUUUUGUUAAGAUCUGGAAACAGUACGUUUGCUGUACGCACGUCACACAUUUUGCCAAUCGGCCGAACCUCCGCAGAGAUAGCAAAGAAAAGAGACUGAGGCACAAUGACAUCUGAUGCUAACAGGGUUCCUGUGUGAAAAGUUUUUUAAACAUUUUAUUUUAGAUAAACUUUUUUUAAAGGAUGACGGAUAUACGUGCUUUUGGCCAUCAGAAAUGUUAAAGGAUCGGAUGUAAAGUGCUUGAAGAAUACAUUUACUCAGUCGAUGUUGCAUCGACCGUAAUGCACCAUCAUUGAAGGGCCAUUAAAUAAAUGAAAACACUGCCUUGUAAAGGCACACAGCCACACAGUUCAACUGGCAUUUUGAUGUGUGGGAAAAUAUUUAUCGAUAUUUAACACUGUGCCAUGACUCACAUUCUUAAGCCGCCAUCAUAUAGAGGCUUCAUUUAUCAAAGUGCUAAGAUAAACUGAAAGUGGCUUUCGGUAACACCAACCAACUCAACCGCACUUUUUUUUUUUGCUUGAAAAGAGACAACAAGAUUGUGAAAUGGGGAAAUGGUUUUGGGGUGAGAGACUCCUUUGAGAGGAAUGAGAUAUGACCGACUUGUUGGUCCUGUGUAUGUCAUUUGUUGAGUUUCACGACAAACGCAAUUUGUCAAAUUGUCAGACAGGCAGCUAUGCCCACUUUGUCUUAACAGUCUAGCAUGAGAAACAUGACGGAGAUGCUUUCUGAUGUUUGCAAUUUUAAUUUUCUUGUAUAAAACGAAGUUCCAGUGA